UUCGAUAAAUUUUAAAAUAAAUUUUCUAAAAUUGCAUCAUAGUAACUCCAAGAGGUGCAAAGUACAAAGUAUCCUGUUCGACUUUCACUUGAUAAAAGAUGAAGUGGGGAGAGAAUGGAGAAUUAUAACGGAUAUCAGAAUAAGUGAAAAAAAUAUCAAAAUAAAAAGCACACGUAUAUUUGGCGUUACACUUAGUGACUUUUCAGAAUUUUCAUUUCUAUUGAAAGUAUUUGUGUACACCUUGCAAUCAUUAAAAUGACAAGAUACGCUUAUUGGACGACCGUGAUCUUUGCAAUAACCAUCACUUUUUUAUUUGGAUUAAUCAUCGAAACCACAGCAACAAUAGCUCAACCAAAGGCACCUAAUUUUCAGUAUUUUGAACGGCCUAAAUAUCGCUAUCCAUAUUAUGAUGAAAAUGGCAGAGGAAAAUUACUCUAUGGCUAUGGAGGACCAGAAUUAUAUCAAUACAAAACUUAUAGUGGUCUCGAAGGUAUCCAUUAAAAUUAAAAUAACAAGAAGUACUAAAUUAUAAAUUAUAUAUGAACAAAUUAAAAAUUAAUGAUCGUUUGUGAAAUGAUAUGACAUAAUACGUAGACGUAUUUUUGUUUCCGAUUACAAGAAAAUAAUUAUAUUUUAUAUUAUAAUAAUUGUUGUAAUAAUAAUAUAUUAUACAUUUUCAAUUUUUUUAUUAUAAUUAUAUUUUUUCUUGUCAUCAGGAACAUAUCGAAUUAUGUUAUGGAAUUAAAGAACAUUACAAGAUUGUU